CUCGCAACCUGAAGCAUUUUCGAUAUGCGAUGCCAAUCGUGCAAUUGUCUCCAAGGCGUAGGAGCUCUUCUCACAGAAAACGAGGCCGAAAAUUUCCCACAGUUACCAAAUCGUAACUUCAAGAAUGAAGAUAUACCUUGGUCUACCUUUUUACAAUCGGCCAAGACUUGCUAUUGCUGCGAUAUUCUUCUUAGGGGGAUAACAGGGUGUUUUAGUCAACAACAGCUCCUUCUUUCCAAUGUUGAACGUGUAAGCUUUAGGUUUCUAUAUAAUGAUUGGAUAGGGGCAGGCAAUAGUUGCGAAAAGCUCAUUACUUGCUACCUGAGCGAUGGAAGCAAAUUUGCUCUUGAGUUCUUCACGCUGGAAGACGAUGCAUGCCCCUGUCCAGAAGCCUGGGAGGACGUCCCUACGUCAACAAGGACAUCCGCAGAAACGAGUUCGGAGGAGGCUUUCGAGGAAGCGUGUAACUGGCUCGAGAACUGUAAUGAUGAAUACCAUGGAGAUACAGUACCUAACGGAGAAGACCCGAGAGAUUGGAUAUCUUACUGUGUUCCCUCCUCGGAAGCCCCGAAGUCGCUAGCAAAGCUACCUGCUAGGGUAGUGGACGUGGGUAGACAUGGCGGCACAAUCAGGUUAGUUGAAGGAAAUGGACAGGCUCACAGAUACAUGUGUCUCAGUCAUUGCUGGGGGCCACAUCAAAUUAUCACGACCACGAAGUCGACUCUUGUUGAUCGAAUGAAAGAGAUACACACAGGCGAAUUGUCCAAGACUUUCAAUGAUGCGAUAUUGAUGACUCGGCGCUUUGGGAUAGAUUAUAUUUGGAUCGACUCUCUAUGCAUCGUUCAGGAUGAUGCAGCGGAUUGGGAACGCGAGUCUGCUAAAAUGGCAUCGAUCUACCAUGACGCCUACUUAACUAUCGCAGCCACAAGAUCAAGCAGUGGUGAUAUGGGCUUGUUCGCAAAGACUCCGGAUUUCGAGGUCUUCGGAACUACUCCAGAAGGUGAAGAAUACUACCUCGUCUUCCGGGAGAAAAUGGACCAUGUUCUAUGGCGAGAUACCACGACAUCCAAGUUUCCUCUGAUGACCCGGGCAUGGGUCUUCCAGGAACGAAUUCUCUCCGCACGAGUCCUACAUUUUGGACACCACGAGCUUUUUUUCGAAUGUCCGACUACAGCGUAUUGCGAAUGUGGGAAUAUUGAUUUCUUGGACCAAACCACGACAGACAUACCUAUUCCAAACCUCAAGAAGAUGUAUUCUACAGCAUUAAACUCCAUGGUUCGAACUCGGAGUGGUAAGUGGACAAAUAAAAUGUGGGUUAAAAAGGCUGGAUAUUUUAUUGCACGGACGUGGCGGUCUUUGGUAAUGGAUUACACAUCCCUUCACCUCACUAUUCCUAGUGAUCGCCUACCGGCUCUAGGUGGCGUGGCCAAAACAUUCGCAGCGAAGAGAGGUUCGCCAUAUCUCGCAGGGUUGUUCGGGGAUUCGCUUCUUGACGACCUGUUGUGGAAGACUUAUAACUGCAAGAAGCAUCGACUACCAGAAUGGAGGGCCCCUUCGUGGUCGUGGGCUAGUAUCGAUACACAUGUCAAUUACCAAGAUGGGAUAGUAUACUAUGACGAGGAAAUGUUCCUAGACGAGCCCGACGAACGAAUCGAGUUUGCAUCUAUCGAUGGUUUUAGAUGCGAGCCCGCUGGGUUAGACAAGUUCGGCCGAGUCAAAUCUGCAUCACUUCGCGUGACCAGUCAAGUUUUACCGGUGACUCUCCUUCUUAAACCUGGACUCGACCACCAGGGGCGCCAGAAUUACUGCGUUUAUGCUGAAAACAAGGAGGUGACGCCUCGAAUCUGGCCAGAUUAUGACUUGAGUCAAGCCGGCCUCUACAAUGUCCUUCCAGGAACCGAAGUCUAUUGCCUAAGGAUGAUUCGCCUAGUGGAAGAAAAUAUAGAUAUGUCUUUAAUUCUUAGAGUUGUUCCGACUCAAGUCGGAAGGAUCUUCGAGCGUAUCGGCUUCCUACAGCUCGAGCCCCGUACCCCACAGAUCGAUUGUCUGGAGCCAGAAAUGAGAGACAUAUUUGCCGCAGCACUAGAGAAGGCAGAAGUUAAGACUGUGGAUAUCAUAUAAUGAAUAUAUCUCAAAUGUUAGAUACGUAAAGAUAUAUCAUGAUUAUUGGUC